GAUCGGUUGGACAUCGAGGGCUCAAGCACGACCACUGUGAAGAUGAAUUUCUUUGGCGCCCUUACUGCGCUCGCCAUCUGUGCGCUAUGUGGAUUAACCCAAGCGGAUAUAUCGCUCAAGUUGCAACAGCAACAGCAGCAGCAACAACAACAGCCGCUGAUCACCAAGGAGCAGUACUACAAAACGGGUAGCGGAUUCCAGGAGAGCAACUAUGGCAAUUCCGGCUAUCAGAUCUUCGAGGUUCACAACCAUUUUGCGGGCAAGGGCCCCGCCUAUCUGCCGCCGCCCCAGGCUCAAGGUCAAGGUCAGAGUUCGGUUGGACACGACGAUAGCCUGGACCUGUCCUUCUUGAACUUUGGCGAUGCACCAGCUCCGGCUCCAGUUGCAGCUGCUCCUGCAACUGCUGCUGCUCCAGUUUCCGUGCCCUUCCCUUCGAACUACCAGCAUGAUUUCCAGCGAAAGGCUCCGAUUUCAUCGUCUGCGGGUUACAGUGGCCAGGCCUAUUUGCCGCCCACCGCUGCCACGCCCAUUGUGCAGCAGCAACAGCAACAGCAAGUGAUCCAACAGCAGCAACAUCAAGUGGUGCAGCAGCAACAGCAAGUAAUCCAACAGCAACAGCCUGUAAUUCAGCAGCAGCAACAUCAAGUGGUACAACAGCAGCAGCAACAAGUGGUGCAGCACCAACAUCAAGUGGUCCAACAGCAACAGCAAGUGGUACAACAGCAGCAGCAACAAGUGCAACAGCAAUACAGCCAACAGAACUACGAGGCACCCGGAUAUCUGCCACCCACUCCCGCCGAGGAAGUAGCCCAGCCAGUGGCCAACUACCAGGCCACGCCCAUCAGCUACCCGCAACAGCAACAGCAACAGAAGGUCUUCCAAGGACCAACCUAUCUGCCACCCGUCGGCAGCACGGCCACCGUUCAGACCAGCAGUCAAGCCGAGUACCAGGCACCCAGCUAUCUGCCACCACAGCAACAAGUUCAGGAGGUGCAACAGCAAGUGCAACAAGUGCAGCAGGUUCAGGUUCAGGAGGUGCAACAGCAAGUGCAGCAGGUUCAGGAAGUGCAGCAGCAACAGCAGCAGCAACAGGGUCACGAAUAUCAGGCUCCUGGCUAUCUGCCACCUGGCUAUGACUUCUCGAAUCCCGACCAACUACCUUUGUCGCUGAGCCAGAGUGUUGCCACCGCGCAGAGUGUGGCAUCGGCUCAGAAUGUUGCCACCACACAGAGUGUUGCAUCGGUGCAGCAAGUGGCCGGCGAGUACCGUGCUCCUGGUUAUCUGCCACCUGGCUACGAUGAGCCACGUCCCCAAGUCCAAAGCCAGAUUACCUACCAGCAACAACCGCAGCAACAGCAGCAACAGCAGCAACCGCAACAACAGCAGCAACAGCAACAACAGGUGUAUGUUGCACCCACGCAAGCAACUGUUCCAGUGGCCGAUCCUGUGGCUCUUCCCGAUGGCUAUGACUUUGUGAAGCCCGAAAAUGCCGAAGCAGCCAUUGCCGAACUGCACAGUCUGCAGACCCAAACCAAAUUGCUGAAGCAGCAACAAGAGCAGCAGUUGCUCCUGCAGCAACAGCAGCAGCAACAACAGCAACAGCAGCAGCAGCAAUACAGGGCUUCUGGCUAUUUGCCACCAACUGUUGCAGCUCCUGCCCCGGCUCCCGUUCAUUUUGCAGCUCCUGCUCCUGCUCCUGCUCCAGCUCCUAUUCGUGUUGCAGCUCCUGCUCCAGCUCCGGUGCAUGUUGCAGCUCCUGCUCCUGUUCGUUAUGCAGCUCCCGCUCCUGCUCCAGCUCCUGCUCCUGUUCGUUAUGCCGCUCCUGCUCCUACUCCUGUUCGCUAUGCCGCUCCUGCUCCAGCUCCCAUUCAUGUUGCAGCUCCUGCUCCAGCCCCAGUGCGUGUUGCAGCUCCUGCUCCCGCACCUAUUCCAGCUCCUGUUCGCGUGGCAGCCCCUGCUCCAGCUCCCGCUCCCAUUCAUGUGAGCGGACCCGCUCCCAUUGCCAUUUCCCUGCCAGCUCCAUCGCCCACCCAGGUGACCCACAUCCACUCACUGCGCAGCUACAUGAACACCGUGCAGCCUUUUGCCCGCUACGCGCAACCAGUGAGCGUGCGGCAGCAACACCAGCACAUCCACCAUCACCAGCAGCAGCAGGUGCAACAGCAGCACGUGCAACAUCAGCAGGUGCAGCAGCAGCAGCAGCAAGUGAUCGAGGUGGCUCCCAUGUACCGUGAGCAAUCGAAGCGACCACGUUUCUAUGCCCCAGCCUAUGUAAGCAAUGUGGUGACCCGUCAGCAACAGCAACAGCAGCAGCACCACCUGCACCACCACUACCACCGAGUGGUGCAGAGCCAGAAGCUGCAGCCCGUUGCACCCACUCUGAACUUCAAGGUGCAGCAGUCGCUGCAGAAAUUCAUGCCCAAGGAUGUGCAGGUGGCGGUGAAUGUGGCCAUGGCGGCGACGGCACCUGUGGCCGCACCCACCGCCCUUCGUGGCAGUUCGCGGGUGCGCACUGUACAGAUCGUUAAGCCGCAUGCCGCACCGCGGACCUUCAAGGUGCUGGAGUUGCUCGAUCAGAACGGCGUGAAGACCAUCAAGAUCCUGGGGGCCAGCAAUGAGCAGCCGCAGGGUCGUCAUCAGGUGGUCCGCGUGGUCACCCAGAAUGCGCACAGUGGUGCCGAGAGUCAUGUGCAGACGGUGAAGAUCUACGACGAUGUGCAGCAGCCGUUGCGUCUGCAGCCCCAGAAUGUGGCCACAGUGAACAAUCGCUACUUGCCACCAGCUCAACCUGCUCGUCCCAGGUCGCGAAUUGUGCGCCAGGCGUCCAAGCCGCUGCGUCUCUAUCCCGUUGCAAGCCUGUAGGAGAUGCCACUUGAUAUACCCCCCAAAGGCAUCUUCAAUGGGGUCAAUUGGGAAGGGGCCGCGGCCCAAGGUCACCUCCCAGCAC